UAGAGACAUGACACUAUAGACGUCCCCAUCACACGAUCUGUGCGUGGAGUGGCAAUAUUUAUCUCCAAGGAACGGAGGAGACACAGGGCGAUACGGCCGCAGGAGUGCAGAGAAGCCGGAGUAAAUGAGAAACCCAUCUGACACCGAUUAGGUCAGGGUCAACUCCGACACGACGUGAGCAUCUACCGGAGAGCAUGCACGUCCGACCGUCCAUCCAUGCUCCGAUCCGGGUAGGUCAGUCCUGGGCAAAUGACACGGGCGAUCACAUCACCCAAGUGCUUUUCAAGGAGCAUUGCGAUUCCUGUCUUCAGUAAUGCAUAGUUAGUAGGUGCUGAAGAAGGCGCUCUGGUGUCCUACCUGACCUGUCUGCGCGCAAAUGCUGCCCUAAUGACUGAAAUAUGGAGAUACGGACUCUGGUAACGGCGAUCAGCUUGUGCAUGAGUUUUUUGUCAUUAAUACUGCUGGUUACCGCUAUCUUCACCGACCACUGGUACGAGACAGACACCAGGAAGCACAGGGCGAACUGCGACCAGCAUGGAGCGGAUCCUAACGACCAGAAAAGCAGGCUGAUGCCGAUUUAUCACCUGCCACUCAUGGACAACGGCAACCCGCGGCGCAACCUGGCACUGAUGAAGCCGAUACACGUCGGCAGCAGGGAAGAGGAACUGCUGGAGAACUGGCGCUCCAUCCUGGGGAUGGGAAUCCUGGAGACGGAGUGUGGGCGUCCGCUGUUUUCCACCUAUUCUGGACUCUGGAGGAAAUGUUACUACUUGGGCAUCGAUCAGGACAUUGACAGCCUCAUAUCAAAAGAUUUCCGUGCAGGUAUUGCUCAACGAUGCACAGCCGUCAAGUACCAUUUUUCACAACCCAUCAGACUCAGGAACGUCCCAUUCAACCUGACGCGAACUAUUCAACAGGACGAAUGGCAUCUUCUACACCUGCGGCGCAUCACGGCAGGAUUCCUGGGCAUGGCGGCUGCUGUCUUGCUGUGUGGAUGCAUCGUUGCUUCUGUCAGCUUCUUCUGGGAGGAGAACCUGACUCAGCAUGUGUCUGGUCUCCUUUUCCUCAUGGCAGGUAUCUUCUGCACCAUCUCCCUGUGCACCUAUGCAGCCAGCAUCUCCUACGACCUGUCCCGGGUUCCACCCUUUAUUUAUGGGCUGCCAGCUGAUGUAGACCAUGGCUACAGCUGGUCCAUCUUCUGCGCUUGGGUCAGCCUGGGAUUGACGGUGGCUUCUGGGUGCCUGUGUACUACCUACACUUUCGUCAGUCGCACCAAGGGAUCGGAGUCUAAGUCCACCCCUGAUUCGUCCGUCUGAGCCAAUCGCCUUGUAGCCCUUCCUGACUGGCUGGUAUCUUCUCUGAACAUGAACAUGUGAUGCUUUGACCAGAGGAGGGUGGGGGGGUGGGUGGCAAGGUGUCAAUCGUUUAUUGUCAGGUUUUGUAAUUUUAACUCCCAGUCUGAAUGUAACACAACAUGCCAGCGUAUACCGUACAUUUAUCCCUAUGAGUCUUGUGUGCGUAUGUACACAUGCGAUUUGCAGAGAGAUUAAUGAGGAAGAUCUCUUAAAGCCUUUGGCUCUUAUUCCCUCAGUAUCUCUCGAAGGACAGCUAAGAGGAAACAGAAGCUCAGUGAAUACUUGAGUGUAUGAUGAAGAAUGACUAUGGUCUUUGAGUUUCGUUCAUGUGCCCAAACCCACUGUGGAGUCCUUGCCCUUCUCUAGUGACAUCAUGGUUACAUUUAUGUAAGGACUACCUUGCAUCUGUUAUCUUUGGUAUACAUUGCUGCUCAGUUUUCUGGUAGGCCGACCCUGUACACCUCUCAAUCCCUUAACUCAUCCACUGAUCAGGUACAGAAGAACAAAGCGCAACGCCAACGAUCUGUUUCCAACACACGUCACAAACGCAUCCCUCUAAAGACACCAAGAUGAACCACUUAGUUAACUCCCACCUCUUUCCACCCAAUACUUGGGAAUCUCCUCCUCUUGAAGCCCACCCUUUCGUACCGGUAAACUUGGUGGCGCAUGGAAGAGGAACUUUCUAGACCUCCCCCUGGCCUUAGCCUGGAGGGUGUCAGUGUUUCCUCCAGCAGUAUUGUGAAUUUUGACGUGCUUGUGUUCUGUUCCAAAAACUGUGUAUAUCAAUAAAAUGACACAUGGCACAGCA